GCGGUUCAAGGAGAGAGUUCGUGUUGACGCAGUUAAGAAUAAAAUCCUCCAUAUUGUCUCUUCUUCUUCUUCUUCUUCUUCUUCUUCUUCCUCUUCCUCCUCCUCCUCGUCGUGUCUUCUGACUCUCUGAAGGACUUCAGCUGCGGCCGGAGAGGAGAUGAACAGCGUCGGAGAGGCCUGCACCGAGCUCAAGCGGGAGUACGACCAGUGCUUCAACCGCUGGUUCGCGGAGCAGUUCCUGAAGGGAGACCGGAGCGGUGACCCGUGCACCGAGAGCUUCAAGAGCUACCAGCGCUGCGUGCAGACCGCCAUCCGGGACAAGGACAUCCCGGUGGACGGACUGGACUUCAUGGGACCCAACAAGGACAAGCCCGAGAGCUGAGGGAGGCUGAUCGAUCCAGAACCGAGGAGAUCAGUACAUCUGACCGUCAUGGGAGUGAGUCCAAGUGGCCCACUGCGCAUGCGCAGAGUGUAUUCACGAGGCCCACUGAGCAUGCGCAGAGUGGGUUCAAGAGGCCCACUGAGCAUGCGCAGAGCUGCUGCACCGUCAGCUGGACGAGGAACCUGAACUGAGUGUUUUUUUUUGUUUUUGUUUUUUUUUAACAUCAAAAUGACAGUAUACAUAUUAACAGCAGAAAACAUUAAAAACAUAAUGCCACACAUAAAAGGG